ACUUCCGGUGUACACUACAGUGGCGAUGCCAGUGUUUUUUGUCAAAUUCAUGAACAAUUUGGUAAAAUAUAGAACAACUUGACCGAUAUCUGGACUACCGUUUAAGUUUCAGCGGGCUUGCUGGAAGUGGAUCCAAACAUGGAUAUCCCUAAUCCGCCAGAAGAUCAGGAGCUGAGGAAUGUGAUUGACAAACUGGCUCAGUUUGUCGCUCGCAAUGGGCCUGAAUUUGAAAAAAUGACAAUGGAGAAACAGAAGGACAACCCAAAGUUCUCUUUUCUCUUUGGAGGAGAUUACUUCAGCUACUACAAGUGCAAGCUUGCUAUGGAGCAACAACAACAUCCCUCUACCCGCGAUGGGGAGGAGUAUAAAACCGAAGACAUGUACAACCCAGGCGCAAAAGAUUUGGUUGAUAUCCCUCCUCCGCCAAUCCCCAUCAUGGCUCCACCUCCCAUUCCCCCACCUGCAGCACCCUCCAUUGAUGAGCUCAUCCAGCAGAGCCUUUGGAAUCUGCAGCAGCAAGAGCAGCAUCUGCACUCACUCAGACAGGAACAAGUCAGUGCAGCCAUUUCUCUGGCCAUUGAGCAACAGACCCAGAAGCUGCUGGUGGAGACUCAGCUGGACAUCACAGAGUUUGACAACCUGCUGCAGCCCAUCAUAGACACCUGUACCAAGGACGCCAUCUCUGCUGGUAAAAACUGGAUGUUCAACAACGCCAAGACUCCACAGCAUUGUGAGCUGAUGACAUCACAUCUUCGCAACCGCAUCACUGCUGAUGGUGCACAUUUUGAGCUCCGGCUGCAUCUCAUCUAUUUAACCAAUGAUGUUCUCCAUCACUGCCAGCGGAAGCAGCAGAAGGAUUUGUUGGCUUCACUACAGAAAGUUGUGGUUCCCAUCUAUUGCACCAGCUUCCUGGCGGUAGAAGAGGAGAAGCAGCAGAAAAUCACCAGGUUGUUGCAGCUUUGGGAGAAAAAUGGGUACUUUGAUGAGGAGACCAUUCAGCAGCUGCAGAAUCCGGCUCUAGGACUUGGCCAGUACCAGGCUUCUCUGAUCACAGAGUAUGCUGCUGUGGUUCAGCCGAUCCAGCUCGCCUUCCAGCAACAGAUUCAGUCUUUGAAAACCCAGCAUGACGAAUUUGUCUCCAGUCUGAAACAGCAGCAGCCACCGCCACAGGCUGCUCCCGUAGCACAGCUGGCUACUCCUGCUGAACCUGAAAAGGCCCCUCCAAUGACCACACAAGCAGGAGAUGUCAAACCUGCAAUGCCAGGUCCUCCUCCAGGAGAGUUUGAUGGAGCCCCAUCCAGACCACAGGAUCCCAGUAACCCCAGUGGACCAUCAGAUAUCCCCCCCAACAAGCCUGCGUGGUAUGACCCCCAGCACAUGGGCCCCUGGAACCCCAACCAACCGCCUCCUUUUGACCCAAACCAGCCACCCCCUCCUUGCCCUCCUUGGAACAGCCAUGAGGGGAUGUGGAAUGACCAAAGGGAUCCAGGGAACUGGAGCGGAGGUCCACCCAGGGAAGGAGGCCCAUGGAGUGGGCCUGGUGGCUCUGACCCAGGUCCCCCAUCAUGGAACUCUUAUGACCAGCAGCCACCGUGGGGAAACCAGCCUGACCAGCCCCCCUGGGGCCAGAGGGAGCCCCCAUUUCCUCCACGCAUGCAGAGACCACCCCAUUUCAGAGGACCCUUCCCUCCUCACCAGCAGCCUCCCCCAUUCAACCAGCCUCCCCCACCACCGCAUAAUUUUGGACGUUUCCCUCCUCGCUUUAUGCAAGAUGACUUUCCUCCAAGACAUCACUACGACAGGCCACCCUAUACCCCACAUCGAUUCGAUUACCCUCAGGGAGAUUUCCCUGGAGGUGAGCGCAGAGACAUGCCAGGUCCUCCUCCUCACCAUCAUCCAAAUCAGAGGCUCCCUCCUCCGGGUAUGGGGGGUGAUCAUCCUCCUUGGGGUGGAGGCCAGCACCCAGAGUUUGGACCACCCCCUCACGGCUUCAAUGGCCAUUCACCACACAUGCGCCAUCGACAGCACCCGGUCCAGGAUGACCCGAGUCUUGUACCUAAUGUCCCAUAUUUUGAUCUCCCAGCUGGUCUUAUGGCGCCACUGGUCAAACUGGAGGACUGUGAUUAUAAACCUUUGGACCCUAAAGACAUCCGCCUGCCCCCUCCUAUGCCACCUAGUGAUCGGCUGCUAGCUGCUGUGGAAGCUUUCUACAGCCCUCCCUCUCACGAUCGGCCCAGAAACAGUGAAGGCUGGGAGCAGAAUGGCCUGUACGAGUUCUUCAGGGCCAAGAUGAGAGCCAGGAGGAAAAAGGGUCAAGAGAAACGCAACAGUGCGCGUGGAGGCAGUCGCUCUAGGAGUCGUUCUCGAAGCAGAGGCAGGUCUUCGUCUCGAUCCAGCUCUCGCUCCUCAAAGUCCUCCAGGUCACGGUCCCAUUCAUCUCGAUCACGGUCCCGCAGCCGGUCCCGCUCCUACUCUAGAUCCAGAUCCAGGAGUAGGUCUAGGUCAUCCCGCAGUCGCUCUCGCUCCAGAUCCAGAUCCCGAUCACGUUCCCCCAACAAACGACGCCGUGCAGCAAAAUCCAGGAGCUCUUCCCCUCCCUCUACAUCAGUCCUGGGUGGCCCUCCUCCUAAACUGUCUACAGAUACCAGGUUAGGGGAGGAGAACAAGGGGCAUCAGCUGCUCAUGAAGAUGGGCUGGAGCGGUUCAGGAGGUCUGGGGGCCAAAGAACAAGGCAUUCAAGACCCCAUCAAGGGAGGCGAUGUCAGGGAUAAGUGGGACCAGUAUAAAGGUGUGGGGGUGUCACUGGAUGACCCUUAUGAGAACUACCGCAGGAACAAGAGUUAUAACUUUGUCGCCCGAAUGAAGGCCAGAGAAGAAGUGAAUCGGGAACCUCAGGAGGCCCCUCCCACUGACUGAUCCCACCAUCCGGUUCAGUCAUCCUCCCUUCCUCUGCCCUGCUGCCACCUCCACCAUCAAUCUGAUCACUGUGACUGAGUCCCAUCCAGAACAACAGGACUCAAGUCAGCUCACAAAUGCUCAUUUCACAGAUGAGAGUCCACCACACCAGGGCGUCCUGUGACAGAUUGGAGUGUGGAUGAGGAGGAAGCGUCAGCAUUUUAGACAGAACUGUCAGCACUAACUCUCUCCAGCAGUGUGAAUGGGGCGGUCUCUGCAGGGACAGUGGAAGACGACUGGUGCACAGCACUCACUCACUUACUGAUUUUUAUUUUUAUUUUUUUUUAAUGUAAAAUGGCUGACUCAAUCUGUGCCUCAACAUUUGGGUUUGUUGAAUGAAAAAAUGGAAUAAAUGUGGAAUAACUGAAAAUAGAAGUGAAAUUUCAUUGUAAAUUAGUGGAUAAUCUGAUUUAUCUCAACAUGUACGGAGAAAGGAAAUACAUGAUAUUUUUUUCCCAUUGAAUUAUUUUCACAGCUAUCUUCAUUCUUCUCCAUUAUUUUGCUAAGGGUCAGUUCACACAAAUCAUUAAAAUAUCUUUGAACCUUGUUAUGUUUGCUUUAAAAAUGCUUAUGUUUAUUUGCAGAGAAAAAUUGUGCUUUAUAAAACUUUAAGACUGUCUUGUAACUUGUCUGUGUUAUUUUGAAUCACCUACAUUACACAUUCUGUAACAAUUUUCUACUGAAUAAACAAUUCCAGUGAUAAGUGUAGGUGCAGAGCUCAGAUUUUAUGCUAUGAUACUGUACAUGGCCAGAAACCACCUUUUUUUCCCCACUUGAGUGAACUGACUCCUAAAGUUUUAAACAGGGUGGUGUGGUGGCUCCAUUAUCAGCUUUUCUGAUUAUUGUGUCAUUUCUUAAUGUGAUAUCUGGAAAAAUGUCAGUUAUAGUUGUAGUGUUUAAAUAAAACCACAAAAUAUGAAGCGGUGCAUUUGAAACAGUUGCUUUUCCCUCCUCACAUUAUA